AUGGACCUAGAGCAACAUGGGGACAACAUGGCAGGCAAGGGUGGAGCUGGACAGGUCUAUUGGUCCAACGCAAUGUCUAGUUUUGUACUCAAAUAUUUGGCUGACCUAGUUGCGAGUGGAACUAAAACCACGAGUGGCUUCAAGCAAGCUCAUCUUAACAGUUGUGCUAGAGCUUUGUAUGAGAAGCUGGGUGUCCAGCACACCGGUGGACAAGUUGGUAACCAUCUUAGGAAGUGGAAAAGGAUUUAUGCAAAGAUUGAGAAGCUGAAGAACUUGAAUGGAGCUGUUUGGGAUGAACAUAAUUGCAUAAUCAGUCUUGAUGCAGAGCAUUACAAUAAUCAUAUUAAGGCAAAUGCCAACUACUUGAACAUUCCGAUUGAGCAUUAUCAUGAGAUGGCCACCAUAUGUGGCAAAAAUUUGGCAGCCGCUGCAUAUGCUAAAGGGUCAAAUGAGCCACUUGGUGUUGAAGUGACUGAAACAUAUAGUGCACCAACUGUGGCUGAAACCGGUGCAUAUGCUAAAGGAUCAAAUGAGCCACUUGGUGUUGAAGUGGCUGAAACAGAUAAUGCACCAAUUGUGACUGAAACAGAUAAUGCACCAACUGUGACUGGAACAGAUAAUGCACCAACUGUGACUGGAACAGAUAAUGCACCAAAACCCACGUCUAGUGAGCCAAGUGAACAAAUUGGUGUUGAUGACGGAACAAACUCAGGCAACAAUGGUGCAGAGUCCUCAGGUACUAAACAGCCACCAUCAAAGAAGCAGAGGAUAUAUACUGAUGAUGACUUGGUUGUGAUAAUGAGUCGGACCCUUGGCGAACUUGCUUCGUCUAUAAAAAAGCUUUCUGAACAACCUGACCUUCCUGUUCCAAAGGGGUUGUAUGAAGAGCUAAAGAGCAUCCCAGGGUUUGAGGAGGCACAUCUUGAGCACUACUAUGCUUAUCUGUGUGAGAAUCCUCCACUUGCAAGGGCAUUUUAUGCACUGCCUCAACUUUCUAGCAAAGUUAUAUGGGUGGCUAGGUACAUCAAGAAUCACAGGAGUAGUUCAUUUCAGCCUUUAGACAGUAAGGUGUCAAGGUGUCGCAUUGUUCGUCGUGAAGCCAGCAUUGACGUUAACGAUUCAUGGAGUUGCCCAGAUUGCGUACUGAAAACAACACAGAAUUUCAGCAUUCUCGACCGUCCACAUAACAUACUGGAGGACUGCUCCUGGAGGACAAACCCGAUGACAAUGCACAGGAAUGAAGAGGAAAAAGAGUAG